AUGAGCCAGGCCAAGCUGAGCCGCCUCUGCCAACAGGACAAGGUGGUGCGCGCCCUGGAGGACCGGCUGUGGCAGCUGCACAAGGAGAAGUACACGCUGGAGCAGGCCCUGCUGUCCGCCAGCCAGGAGAUCGAGACCAACGCGGACAACCCCGCCGCCAUCCAGACGGUGCUGCUGCAGAGAGAUGACCUGCAGAACGGGCUGCUGAGCACCUGCCGGGAGCUCUCGCGGGCCACCGCGGUGUUCGUGUGCUUGUGGAAGGGCUGCAAAGUGUACAACACGCCCUCCACCAGCCAGAGCUGGCUGCAGAGACACGUGCUCACACACAGUGGCGACCGGCCCUUCAAGUGCGUGGUGGGCGGCUGCAGCGCCAGCUUCGCGUCGCAGGGGGGGCUCGCGCGCCACGUGCCCACGCACUUCAGCCAGCAGAACUCGUCCAAGGUGUCCAGCCAGCCCAAGGCCAAAGAAGAAUCUCCUUCGAAGGCUGGCGUGAACAAGAGGCGGAAGCUGAGGAACAAGAGGCGGCGCUCGCUGCCGCGACCGCACGACUUCUUCGACGCCCAGACCCUGGACGCCAUCCGACACCGAGCUAUAUGCUUUAACCUCUCCGCCCACAUCGAGAGCUUGGGCAAGGGCCACAGUGUGGUCUUCCAUAGUACUGUAAUAGCGAAGAGAAAAGAGGAUUCUGGAAAGAUAAAGCUCCUCCUUCACUGGAUGCCUGAAGACAUUCUGCCAGAUGUAUGGGUGAAUGAAAGUGAGCGGCAUCAAUUAAAAACUAAAGUAGUUCAUCUAUCAAAGCUACCCAAAGACACCGCCUUGCUUUUGGACCCAAACAUAUACAGGUAA